AUACAGAGACUUACAAUGAUCUCAUUUAUCCACCUGAGCAGAUGAAUUUAAGGGCCGUCCUCAAGUGUGUUUUUGUGGCAAUUCUACAUGAAAGAAAACACACAAGUAUAAACAGAAAAAGCGUAACAACUGUUUAGACAUUUCUUCAUGAUGUCCAGCUUGUACAUGCAUCUGUGACCAAAUCAAUUUCCUCUCCUCUGUUAGUCAUAGUGUAAUGAAAAAACAGCUAUUGAAUCCACAUGAAUAUAUUAUUUAUUGGAAAUAAAAUUUCAUACAUAUUCAUGUAAAAAGUAGAUUAAACCAGUCAGUGGUUCAGGUGGUGUUAAGGACAGCAGAGUCCUUGCUGGACCACAGGUUCUCACAGAUACACUCUGAAAUCUUUUAAAAAACCUUUAGAGAAGUGAAACUGGUUAAAGACACAUGGUGAAGAACAAAUCCGUAUGAAUGUCCACGGUUUCUGACCUGGAUGCAGAACCAGUUCUUAUAGGAGUGAUGGGCAGGUGUCCACAUACUUAUGGAUAUACAGUAUGAAAUUUGUGAUAAUCUGAAGCCUUAAUAAAUAAAAUGUUCUUUUCCAUUUAAUAAAUAAAUACAUUAUUAAAAAGUGAAUAUUUCUGUAAUAACUGUCUGUUCACUAAAGUGACUCUGUAGAUCUGCGAGUCGACUCUUUUCUAUCAACACAAGCAGACGCCACCAGGAAUCGACUCUUUCAUAAACGACUCAUUAAUGUUUGGUGAAUGUGUGUGUUACGAGAAAGUGCUCGGAUCUGCGAGUCGACUCCUUUUUGAACCGACUCUUUCUAAAACGACUCCUCGUUGCCCAGGGCUUUAACAGAGGAUGCAAAAGAAUGAAACCAGGCAGCGGUGUCUCUGUCGCGACUCCCGGUUCUCUCCUCCUGCACGCGCACCUGGCCCCGGCGGCCGAGCGGCUCUCGCGCAGCGCGCUCUCGCCCCCCGCCGAGUUCGCGCACCUUCGCGGCGUCCUGCGGCGGCGGCAGCUGUACUGCAGAACCGGGUUCCACCUGGAGAUCCUGCAGGACGGAACCGUGCAGGGCACGAGGAAAGACCACAGCAGUUUCGGUAUUCUGGAGUUCAUCAGCCUGGCUGUGGGGUUGGUGAGCAUCCGUGGUGUUGAUAGUGGCUACUACUUGGCCAUGGACAACAAAGGUCAUCUGUACGGCUCUGAAAAACUAACUGCAGAGUGUGUUUUCCGUGAGCACUUCGAGGAGAACUGGUACAACACCUACUCGUCUAACCUUUACCGGCACGGCGAUCGAGGGCCGCACUACUUCGUGGCCCUGAACAAAGACGGCACUUCUCGAGACGGCGCUCGAUCCAGGAGGUACCAGCGCUUCACGCACUUCCUCCCGCGACCCGUCGACCCCGACCGCGUCCCUGAGCUUUACAAAGACGCCUUGGGACAACGCUGAGACCAAAGAUUUGCAUCUCAGCAUCGCUGAACAUCAACAAAAGCCCUUUGGUUUGGGGUAGAAAUGGUUACCUCAGAGUGGGAGACACACUCCUGGAAAGAUCUGCCAGUCUUUGGUGGAUCCACUUGAGCAGAUGAAACGUUAAGCACUAAACAACACCAAGCAUCUGUAAAUUCCUUGUUUUUGGAGGAUGUAAAAGGUCACUCUGGUCAAAGAGGUCAGGGGUAUGAUGGUCUGAUCAUUGGAGCUGUUCUUCUUCCCAUCACAACUCUUGUUUCUGGAGGAAUGAAAAAUCGCUCUGAUGGAGGUGCAAAACCCUUAUUUGGUGGAGAAAACGUAAACGUCCAACACCAACAUCAUUUAUGCGUUCUUAUGGUUGGUGCACAUAAAAUGUCUCUGUGGUUGAGAAGACACCUAGAAAAGACCUCUUAUCUCCAUAGAUUCUUUUGUUCCUGGAAGUCAACAGGGGCAAAAGUUUUGAAAGAUUCACUCUAGAUCUAAAGGUUAUCUUGAGACAAAUAUCAGCUUGUUGGACUUAAAGGAAAACACUGAUUAGGAACAAAAGCUGGAGAAGGACAUCUGGCUUAUGUGGCAUGUUAGGAAACUUCAAGAUCCAGGGGAGAAUUCAUUCAAGAGAUCAGGAUGGUUUCUUCUGGGGAAGAUGUUCAUUAUUUUUUUGUUUAAAGGACACGAUUAGACCUUUCUGAUUCUUGGAAAUGGAGAUGGACAUUGAAAAAAAUUCAGAUCAAGCAGCAUCUUUUGGGUUUCGGAAUAUGACAAUCCACAAUCUCCUAAACUCCAUGGAAUUUCUCUCGCUGUCAGGACUUUGUUCUGUUCAAACCUUCUGGAAUCCAAAUUUGCAAUUGUAGUCUAUCACUUUUUUCCUCUUACAUACAUAUAUUUAUUUUAUAUAUAUUUAUUUAUUUCCAAAAAGUAUAUUUUUUUCAGCUCUAAAGAACAUGUUCAAAAAAGAGAGAAAAACAACAGGAAGUGAUUUUCGAGAUACGGAAUGUAGAGUUUUCAAGCUGGCUUGACUCUGUUUUAGAGAAUUCUGUUUACAUCUGGAUUGUUUCUUGUUUACUCAUGCCAUAAACACACACACACACACACACACACACACACACACACACACACACACACACAAAAUCUUUCCAGAAUGUUCUGGAGCUCAUUCAGGAAUAAAAGGAAGUUAAAACGAUUUCAGAUGGUCUUGUGUCUCUCCUUUUCUGUAGAAGUGCGAGGUCAAGGGUCAGAGGUGAAAGGGUAUUGAAUAUCUGAUUAGGGACAAAAGGACUGUGGGGACGCUGAAUAAGAAGGACAGGUUGAUAUGGAGGUGUUCUUAACUGAUUAGAAUCGACGCUUUACGAGUUCUACAACGUUUUUGGGGGAAACGAAGCGAGAUGUUCGAACUCUCACUGGGGUCCGUCCUUUCACGAGAUCUUCUCGCACUGCGGUGGACCUCACACCAACCCUCAAGCUAAUCUGAAGAAACCUUUAAUUCUAAAAAUAAUAUGAAUUGUUUGAAUUUCAAGGUUUUGAUAUUGUAAUGCUGCAGAAUUCUGGAUUUUUGUAACGUUUCAGUU